CCUCUGGGCCAGCCAGCCUGCCUUCUGGGCCCCCCACCCACGACACCCCGGUGGCAGCAACCCCAGGGAGGUCCGGCCUCCCAGAUCCGCUGAGACCGCCAGGGCCGGCGAGACCUUUGGAGACCAUCCCCAAGAAAGGACAGCGCAUCUCCGGGCCCUCCUCGGUGCGGCCUUGCCCAGGCGGGGGAGCCCCCAGCCGGCUGGCAGACGGCACCUCCAUUUCACUCGGCCUCAGUCCCCGGGAUCUCCCGAGAGCCCCCUCAGGGGAAGGUUUACAAGAAACCUCGACGCCGGGGCCCUGUGGGCAGGGCCAGGGGCCUCGUCGACUAGAGGGACCGACCGGGCCCCUUGCGGCCUCUCUCCGGCUCAGCCUUUGCGAGGGGAUCGUGGCAUCCUGGAUCGCCUUCCGGAUCCCCGAGGCAGCUCGGGGGUGCCCCAGCGGGCAUACUGCUGCCUCCGCGAGCUGGGCAGGAUGCUGUUCGGGGUGAAGGACAUCGCCCUGUUGGAGCACGGGUGCAAGGCUCUGGAGGUGGACAGUUACAAGUCCCUGAUGAUCCUGGAUAUCCCGGAAGACUGCGACCACGAGGAAUUCGAAGACAUCAUACGGGCCCCCCUGAGACCUCUGGGCAAGUUCGAAGUGGCUGGGAAGGCCUUUCUGGAAGAAGAGAGGUCCAAGGCGGCCAUCAUCAGGCUGGCGGAGGACAUCAAUUAUGCCGUCAUCCCCAGGGAGAUCAAGGGCAAGGGUGGCCUGUGGAGGGUGGUGUACAUGCCCCGGAAGCAGGACAUUGAGUUCCUGACCAAGCUGAACCUCUUCCUGCAGAGCGAGGGCAGGACGGUGGAGGACGUGGCCCGGGUCCUGAGGCAGGAAUUGUGCCCCGCAGUGACGGGCCCCAGAGAGCCACCUGCCAGAAAGUGCCGCGCGCCCGGGGCCGGGGAGAAGCAGCCCGGGGCUGGGGCCACCGCCGGGGCGGAUGCGGCGUCGCCUCUGGACCCCACGGAGAAGCCGAGCAAGCCUGGAGAUGACAAGAGAGGCAAGAGGAAGCAUAAGAAAAACCGGCGAAGGCACCAUGCAUCUGACAAGCUGUGAGAGAUUUCCUGCACACCUACUAUGUCCCAGGCGCUGUUCUAGGAGCUGGGAGAAGCGAGUGGACCCAACGCAGAUCCCUGCCUGGCACUCCUAGAGGCUGGGGAACAUUCGAGUCACGUGGGUACAUCUGAGUGGGUGCGGGUGCCGUUUGAGCGGAUGUAGGUAAUAUUUGCUUGCGCAAACUCACUCACUCAACCAAUGUUUUCUGGGCACCCACGGGGUCCGAGGCACAGCUUCGGGCACUGGCCAUUCAGCCGGGAGCAAACGGACCCACGCCUUGCCCUGGCGACACUCACAAUUCAGUAUCCGCGUAGGUGCGGGGAACACCUGAGUCGCUUGAACAUACGAGUGACCGAGGUACCAUUUGGAUGUGUGGGUGGCAUCUGAGUAUGAACGGGAUGUGGGCGUAGUGGGGGGCAACAUGUAAGUGUGGGGGGGACACCUGGGUAUGUGCAGGAGUGUCAUUUGAGGGGGCGAGGGUAACUUCUGGGUGAGGAAGGGUCUCAGAGACCCUCCAACAACGUCUGACAACCUGGAGACCCCAGAAGGUCGCAGGCUGAGCCCAGAAGCGCCUCUCUGGCUGUUUCCCUGGAGACCGAGGGCCGUCCUCCCCCUCCCCCACCUCGCGUGAGCAGGUGUUUACGGGAAACGGAAGAGGAGAAACAGGGCCUGGGAGUCCAAGGUCGUGCAAAAGGUCUCGCGCCAGAAUUGAGGAGAAGCCAAGAAGGAGGAACGUGUCAGGGAGCUCCCUGCUCUGGAGAAAGGCCACUGUCCCCUUCAGCACCGCCGUCCCCUCUCUGUGGGCUGAUGUUGGGGGACAGCCAAGCAUGUGUUGCCAGGAAGAGACCCAGAACCUUCUGGCUUUCAGCCCUGCUGGAAAUCCCGCCAUUGCAAAGUCUAGACCCAUUUUGGUUUUUCAGCGGUUUUGUUUGGUUUUUGGUUUUUGGUUGGUUUGCUGGGGGGGGGGGGGUUGUUUUUGGUUUUGUUGUUGUUGUUGUUGUUGUUUUGUCUUUUAAAAGGAUGUACCUUGAAUGUACCUCUGGCAGAAAGUCGUCCAGGGUGGACCACCCUGUUUUACACACGGCAAGCAGAAACCAUGCCUGACAAAGUGAGAUGCCUGCUCGCCACACCUGAGGAGCUCCGUGCUCUGGCGCUUGACUCUCAAAAGCUGUCGCUGUUCUGUACUCGCUUGGUGUCCCUUACAGGGAUGGUCAGACGGGGGACUCUUCUGCUCUGAUUGGCGCCUGGGCUUGGGAUGUGGGUCUCCCCACAUCCACCUCCAGAAGCUCUGACUUGCGCAGAGGGGGCGCUCGGCUCUACAGAGCAAAAGGCAAGACUCCCAGGAAAGAGUCCAAAAGGAGGUAAAUAAUUAAAGAGGUCACCUUCAAGGGUUAUCGAUUAACAACAUGAACCUUGAGUCCCCCCCGUGACGGUGAAGAACAACAACAGAAUUGGUCAGGUGACAUCCAAAUGCCCAUGGGGAGACAGAGGUCUCAUUCGGGGACGUCUGACCUGUGAGUCUGCAAACUUCCAUUGGUUCAGGGAUUUGCAAGGGUUUGAGCUGAAUUUCUUUUUUUUUUUUUUUAAAUGCAAUCUACACACACACACACACACACACACACACACAGAGGCUCAGAUUCUUACCUACUGAAUUUCCAGCCCCCCAAUGUAUUACUAUGGUGGGCAUCAGUCAUGUCCGUGAAUUCCAGCAUCCAACCUCUGUUCUCAUUUCUAUGGGGCUGCCCCCCCCACCCGUGGCCCCCUUAGCAGAGCCGAGAGGUGGAGAUUCUCUCUCUACCCACCCCUUCACCUUGGCAGCCAAGGUGCAGGGUGCAGGACCCACCCUCAGGCGGUCAGAAAUUCCUCUCAGGUCCUUGCAUUCCCAGCCAGUGUCAAGACCGAAGGAAUUUCUAGAGUUCGCUUGCAGUGACAACCCAAAUCCCGAAAGACUCUGAUUUCUGUAAAGUCCCCAAGAUGACUCUGCACCAUCAGCCUCGACAUCCCUUUUUGGUGUAAAGAUUUCCCUGCCCUCCCCACGUGUGUAUUUGAUCUUCUUGCCAAGUGCAUCCAGGAUCUAGAAGUUUGUAGUUUUCUAUUGAUCUUUUUCACCCUUGUAAGUUUCCAGCCUGGGCAAAGCCACUCACAGUGUAUCCUUCUACUGUGUUCACCGUUUCCUUUUCCUCUGAGUCCCAAGUGGAACGAAUGCUACACAGACCUCAGGCACGUUUGUUUGUUGCAUGCUGUUCUCCCGUCAAGGCACAAUCAUUGCAUCGUAACAAGGGACAGCGUGACAUUUCUUACCGUCUUAUCGCAGUGUCAGGGCUCUUCUUUGUGCUGAUUGUGAGUUUCAGGUGUUUCCUCUCCACCGUUCAUAUCUGUGAUCCACAACGUUGCGUGGUCGUUCAACGUGGCCCCUGAAACCAAAUCUACUGCUUCUCAAGGUUUUCUGGAAGAAUUUCCGGACAGAGCAAAGCAAGCGGUUGUGCAGAACUGUUAACGGUUUAAAGCCAGUUAUCUGUGACUCGAGGCAUGGCUGGCACACAGCAAAUCCUGAGCGAAAAUUCCCCAGGGGAUUGGACACGCUGGCUGAGAGAAGCCUGCGGCUGGCCUCUGUAAACCCCCAUUUGCGAAAGCGGGUGCAGCUAAAACCCUUCAUCGUUCUUUGCGGCUCAGGCCCUAUUGUACAAAUAUGUACGUGUAAAAUAAACGUAUGCGGAUGCA